AUUUCCUUUUUAUUCAUUAGCCUUCAAUCUAUGUUUUUUUUUUCAUAAAACGCGGGUUUUUUCCUAUUUUUAACUAUAGAAUACCUAGGUCCCAAGAAAGUUAGCUUAUAACUUUUUUUUUAAGGCCGAUUACUCGCUUAACAUUGUUUUAUAAAUACAAAUUUACUAAGUAAUUUUCUUGUAUCGCAAACAUGCCGAAGAAUAAAGGUAAAGGAGGUAAAAACCGUAGACGUGGUAAAAACGAAAAUGAAACAGAGAAACGAGAGUUGGUGUUCAAGGAAGAUGGUCAAGAAUACGCACAAGUUACAAAAAUGUUGGGUAAUGGUCGCCUUGAAGCAAUGUGUUUUGAUGGAGUUAAACGACUUUGUCAUAUCCGAGGAAAACUAAGGAAAAAGGUUUGGAUUAAUCAAGGCGACAUUGUUUUAAUGGGUCUUCGUGAUUAUCAAGACACUAAAGCUGAUGUUAUUUUAAAAUACACACCAGAUGAAGCACGUAAUUUGAAAACUUAUGGAGAAUUUCCUGAAACAGUUCGUAUCAAUGAUACAGUUACGUUUGUGGACGAUGGUUUGGAUGAAGAUAUUGAAUUUGGAGACGAAAUCAGCGAUUCAGAACAAGAAGAUGCUGUUGAUAAUAUUUAAAUUAAGUUGGUGAAAAAUUGGCCAAAAGUGAUGGAUAUAAUUUGCCCAAGAAACAGACUAUAAUCCAAAAUAGUAAUUACAGCUCUUGCAUUAUAUGUAUUUGUGUGUUUUUUUUAUAUUUUUUGUUAUUCUUCCAAGUAAUUGGUAUAAUAAUAAUUUAUUUACAUGUAUUAUAUCUGUAGAGAAAAAUAUAUGUCACUUAAUUCAAUUUAAUUUAAAUUUUA